UUUUCUCAUUUUGCAACAAUUCACAUUUUCAGCUCAUCUUUCUUUCGUUUUCUCUAGCCGUCUCAUUUUGCCAUUAACCAUUGUCUCACUUUUCCCAAUUCUGAACCAAAAACCCAGACUUUCACUUUGAUUCUCCACCAUUAGUCCAUUAAAAUAUGGAAUCCAUUGUUAGCGGUGCUGCUAAUAAAGUUGUGGAAUACACGUUUGGUGUCAUCAAACGUGGGUUUUGUUACAUAAUAUAUGUUGACAGCAAUGUCCAGAAUCUCAAGAUGCAAGUUCAAAAACUGAUUGAUGCCCGAGCAAGUGUGCAGCAAGAUGUUUAUAAGGCCCAAAGGAAUGCGGAAGAGAUUUUUCAUCAUGUUAAUAGGUGGUUGACUGAGGUCAAUGAGAAGAUCGCUGAGCAGGCUGCGACACAAUCGAAGGAGGAUGAAGAGAAAGCCACGAAAAAGUGUUUCGUUGGGUUGUUUCCUAAUUUAAAGUCUCGUUACCUGCUUAGCAAGAAAGCAGAGGAAGAGGCGCAGGCUAUUAUUCAACUCCUGGGAGAAGGCAAAUUCGAAAAAGUUUCGUAUUCUGUUGCUCCAGAGGGGAUAGUAAUCAAAGGUUACAAGGCCUUCGAAUCAAGAACAAGUGCCAUGGAGGGGAUUAUGGAGGCCUUAAGGGAAUCAAGUGUCCGAAUAGUUGGAGUACACGGGAUGGCUGGUGUAGGCAAGACCACCCUUGCAAAAGAAGUUGCAAGUAAAGUCAGGGAAGAACACUUAUUUGACGAAGUGGCGAUGGCAAUGGUUUCACACAAUCCAGUCAUAAGACAAAUUCAAGGAGAGAUUGCUGACAUGUUGGGGCUCAAAUUUGAUGUUGAGACUGAUAGUGGAAGAGCAAUGCAGUUACGGCAGCGAUUGAAGAAUGGCAAGAGGAUCCUCAUAAUUUUAGAUGACCUCUGGCAGAAACUCGAUCUUGAAGCUGUCGGGAUCUCAUUUGAUAAUGAGGCCGCUCAAAAAUCUUCUACUGCUGGAUGCAAAAUAUUGCUGACUUCCAGAGGCCUCGAUGUGCUCCGCCUUAUGGAUGCUGAGAGGAGUUUCGAAGUCAAAAUCUUAUCUCAAGAAGAAUCAAUGAUUCUGUUUGCAAAAAUAGUUGGUGACGCGGUUGGAAAAUCUGAUGAUUAUCAACGUGUAGCGGAUGAAUUGGUGAAAAAAUGCGCAGGGCUACCAGUUGCUAUUUUAGCAAUUGCAAAUACAUUGAAAACAAGGGAUCUCUAUUUUUGGGAGGAUGCCUUGCGGCAGCUGCAAAGAUCAAUUCCAUCAAACAUAAAAGGGCUGCAAGACAAUGUAUAUUCCACUAUAGAGUUGAGUUACAGAUGGUUGAGCAAUGAGGAAGAGCAAUCUGUGUUCCUGCUUUGCGGCCUGCAUCCUCAAGGUUUUGAUAUUCUUGUCUCUGAUUUGCUACAGUAUAGUAUUGGUUUGGAUUUGUUGGAAGGCAUCAACACUGUGGAAGAAGCAAGGAAAAGAAUUGAUGUACUGGUUCAUGAGCUCAAAGCUUCUAGCUUGCUACUGGAGGGAAAAGGUUACAAAUGGGUGAAGAUGCAUGAUCUCAUUCGCGAUGUUUCCCUUUCAAUCGCCUCUAAAGAUAAGCGGAUGUUGGUCAUAGAGGACGAAAGUCGUAUGAAAGAACUAUUGAAGAAGGGAAAACUCAAUGACUGCACUGCUAUCUCAUUGCCAUACAGUAAUAUUCAUGAGCUUUCUGGUGUGGAAUGCUCGAAACUGGAGCUACUCAUGUUGCUGAAUGAAGAUUCUUCUUUCCAAAUCUCAGACACCUUUUUUGAAGGCAUGAAUGAGCUGAAGGUGCUAAAUGUGACUGGUAUGAGUUUUCCAUCUCUACCUUCAUCUUUUCUUUCAUUAACAAAACUUCAAACUUUGCUUUUGUAUCAAUGCAACUUGUCUGAGAUAGCCAUCAUAAGGAAUCUAAAGAAGUUAGAUAUCCUUAGCUUUCAGGGUUCUAGCAUUAAGCAAUUACCAGUAGAGAUAGCAGAAUUGACCGAACUGAGGUUAUUAGAUUUGAGUGAAUGUUCCAGUCUUAAAGUGAUCCCAGCAAACGUCAUAUCAAAAUUGUCUAGAUUAGAAGAGCUAUAUGUUGGCAAGAGCUUCGGUCAAUGGAAUGUUAAAGGAAAUGCACAACUUGCAGAGUUGAAGAACUUGUCCUGUUUGUCUGCCCUACAUUUAUAUAUUCCUGAUGCCCAAAUUAUGCCAAAAGAUUUGUUCUCUGUGAAGUUGGAAAGAUACAAGAUUGCCAUAGGAAACUUUGAUUGGGAUUCGUUUGAGUGUGAAGCUUCAAAAGCAUUGCAACUUAAAUUAAAUACUGGCAUUCAUUUAGAUGAAGGGAUUAAAAUGUUGGUAGAGAAAACUGAGGAGUUAGGUAUAGAGGAAUUCAAAGGGGCGGAGAAUGUGCUUUAUGGGUUAGAUAGCGAAGGUUUUCCACAUUUGAAGCAUCUCAGUGUCGUUAAUUCCUCAGAGAUGAAAUGUAUUAUUAAGUCCAUGGGGUCGGCUCCGCAUAAAGCAUUUCCUGUUUUAGAGUCAUUGAAGCUUAGCAGUCUAACUGUUUUGGAGAAGAUUUGCGAUGGUCAACUCAAAACAGCAUCAUUUAGCCGACUAAGAACCAUACAAGUUAGAUGGUGUGAUAGAUUGAAGAAUCUUUUCUCAGUCUCCAUAGCAAAAAAUCUCUACCAACUUCAACAAAUUAGCGUUAAGUGGUGCGAGAACAUUAAAGAGAUAGUUGUAAAGGAGGAAGGAAAGGAAGACAAUGUUGUAGAGUUUCGACAGUUGCGCUCUUUGGAACUCGAAGAUUUGCCAGAAUUGAAAAGCUCUUAUUCCAUGGAGGAAACGCCUUCCUUAAGAGGACAAGGAGGAAGUGUAUCGACCACAAAUAUGGUUCCACUUUUCAACCGAAAGGUUAUUUUCCCUGUCAUAAAGGAGUUGGUAUUAAGAUCAAUGAAUAGCAUUGGAAAACUAUGGGAUGAUCAGCUUCUCACUGAUGUAAUGUUUUUUGGUUUUCAAAUGUUAACAAUUCUGAGUAUUUACAGCUGCCAUAAAUUGAAGUAUGUAUUUACUUCCUCAAUGGUUAAAAGCUUUGUGCAAUUGAAAACACUUGAUGUUGGAAAUUGUGAGGAAAUGGAAAAGGUAAUAGCAGUCAGUGCAGAAAAAGAAAGAAAUAACAUAAUGGUGUUCCCUAAACUUGACUCCUUGCAUCUCUACGAUCUUCCCAAUCUCAAAAGAUUUUGUUGUGGAAUUAAUCCAAUUGAAUUUCCUGUUCUAAGAAGACUAGAGAUAGAAAAGUGUCCAGUUUUGAGCACAUUCCACUGUGAUUCUAGUACAAAUGUUGGAAAGAGUAACAAUAGCAUCUCAAUGGGUCACAAUCUCCGAAUUGAUGUACCACACUGUCUAUUCAACGAUAAGGUUGUGUUCCCUGUCAUUAAGGAGUUAGUAUUAGAAUCAAUGAGUAGUAUUGAAAAACUAUGGGAUGAUCAGCUUCCAGUUGCCGAAAUGUCUUUUGGUUUUCAAAAUUUAACAAUUUUGGAAGUGCUGAGGUGUCACAAAUUGAAGUAUGUAUGUACUUCCUCAAUAGUUAAAAGCUUUGUGCAACUGAAAACACUUAAUGUUGGAAACUGUGAGGAAAUGGAAGAGGUAAUAGCAAUCAGUGUAGAAGAAAAAAGGAAUAACAUAGUGGUGUUUCCUAAACUUGACUUAUUGUUUCUCUUCAAUCUCCCCAAUCUCAAAAGAUUUUGCUGUGGAAUUAAUUCAAUUGAAUUCCCUUUUCUAAGGAACUUUUCAAUAAGUAGGUGUCCUAUUUUGAGCACAUUGCAUUUUGAUUCUAGUACAAGUGUUGGAAAUGAAGCAAGAAAGAGUAGCAGCAGUAGCAGCAUUUCAAUACCAAAAUAUCUAUUUGAUGAAAAGGUGGCACUUCCUAUGCUACAGCACUUGCAAAUUUGUUCCAUGAAAAACUUGGAAAGGUUAUGGCCUAACCAACUUGCUGAACAAUCCUUUUCCAAACUAAGUUACUUUGAAUUGGAAUGUUGUGAUAAGUUAGUGAAUGUUUUUCCGUUGAGUAUGUUGACGAGACUUAAAAGGCUUGAGAAACUAAUCAUAUGGGAGUGUGAAUUAGUGGAAGAAAUAUUUGAACCCCAACAAACAGCUGUUAGUAGUGUGGUUGCUACAUUUGAAUUUCCACGGCUGACGUCCUUGGACCUCGUAAGAUUGCCAAGACUAAAGAGUUUCUAUCAUAACAUGCAUUUUACAAAUUGGCCUUCAUUGAAAGAGAUGUAUGUGAGUGAAUGUGAUAAAGUGGAGAUAUUGUUUGGUUUUCAAGAAACAGGUGGAGGAAAGAGUGAACAUGAACUAAUACCAAUUCAGCGGCCCUUAUUUUGGGUGGAUAAGUUUACGUUCCCAACUCUACAACAACUUUCUUUGGGAUGGAAUGAUGGGAUGAAAGAGAUAUGGCAUUGCUCUGCCCAACAUCAACUACUUGCAUCUCACUACUUCUCCAAACUAAAAGUUGUCACACUUUAUGACUUGCCUAAACAAUUAGCCAUAUUCCCAUCUUACUUGCUCCAUUUAUUAUACUUUCCCAAUCUUGAAACGCUUGAAAUAGAGAGAGCCUACUUCAAAGAGAUAUUCCCAAGUGAAGGAGUUGGUGAGGAAAAGCCUACAUCUGCAUGGCUGCUACUCUCUCGGUUAACUGAAUUAAGGCUGAAAGAUUUUCCUGAAUUGAUGCAUCUAUGGAAGGAAAAGGAAAGGUGUCCCAAAUUAAAAUAUAGUUUAGUUCCAUCCUCAGUUUCUUUCCAUAAUCUGGUGACUCUAGAAGUUCAAGGAUGUGAUGGAAUCAUAAAAUUAGUUGCAUAUUCCACAGCCAAAAGCCUAGUGCAGCUUAAAGAAAUGAAGAUAUGCUUGUGCGAGAAUAUAGAAGAAAUAAUACAAGGUAGCGGGGAUGAUGAAGAUGAAGUAAAGGAUGAAAUCAGUUUCCCCCAACUCAACCUUUUGGAACUUAUUGGGCUAUCAAAGCUAGAAAGCUUCUGCUCAUCAGGGAAUUAUACCUUUGGAUUCCCAUCAUUAGUAACUGUAAUUCUGGAAAAUUGCCAAAAGAUGAAGAUGUUUUCUCAAGGAGACUCAAACACACCAUUUUUGCACAAAGUGCGGUUACAGAAAUGGGAAAAUGAUGAACGUUGGGAAGGCAACCUUAAUAGCACCAUACAGCAACUGUUCAAAGAAAAGAAUUCUACCAUAGAGGAAGUGCAGAAUUACAUUGAAGAUCAAGACAAUCUUUCAGCUUCUAACACCCAACGAUCCAAUUAAGUGCUUGCUUCAUCACAAAUUCACAAAUGCAGGGGGUUCUAAUUCCUAUUUCCUUAUACAUUAUAUGUUCCAUUUGAUCAACCUGUAAAUGGUCACAACUUCUUGCUUGAGGCUUUUAUGUUUAGCUAAUUAUAGCUUGCCAUGUAUUAAUUCGAUCAACCUUUGAAGUGAUAGCAUAUGUACUAGGUACUU